AUGUCAGGCUUAGGGUGCGCAAGGCAUCUGGAUGGCCUCGUCCAACAGUAUUCGGAACAAUUUGGUGCCCUGGGAGAAGCACCUCCAGAAAUCAUCGUCCUCGAAGGUCGCGGCCGUAUUGGUGGGAGAGUCUAUUCGAGGGAAUUCAAGUCGAAGCCGAAGACUCCGCUUCCUGAUUUCGUUGACAAGAGACAUACUGCUGAGAUGGGCGGUAUGAUCAUCACAGGAUUCCAUCGUGGCAAUCCAAUGAACAUUCUUGUACGCGGCCAACUGAGCCUGCCUUACCGUGCCUUGCGAUCAGCGACAACCAUUUACGACUCGAACGGCAAGCCCGUAGACCAUACGAGGGAUACUCUAGUUGAGGAGCUGUACAAUGACUGUCUAGACCGCGUGAGCGAGUUCAAAUGGAAAACGCAACCCUCGAAACGCAUCGAGGGCAAUCGGGACGCGGUCAAUGAGGGGCGGGAUGCCAACAGUGAUGGGCACAGGACAAUCGCUCAAGCUGAGGAAGAAGCUGCGGCUCUCCCACACGCCCCUCCCGUGUCUCAGCAGAAUGUGCCUGAGAGAGUCAACAUGGUGCCCGUAUCCUCUGAUAAGCUGACUGGGCGCGUCCAUACCCAGCCUGGAACACCGGGAAUCCUCAAAGCAGGCGAGAAGGCAAAGGCCAUGGGGUGGACUCUCAAGAACGGGUUAUCAAAUGAGGCCAACAUCGAUCUCGGCAAUGCUACUCGCAUGCCCGACGCGACGCUUGGCACAAUAUUUGACGAAGCUGUUGUUCAGUAUCGCAACAUCAUUGAUCUGACAUCACAGGACCACCGCUUGCUUAAUUGGCAUGUCGCCAACCUCGAAUACAGCAAUGCUACGGACAUGUACCAUCUUAGUCUGGGUGGCUGGGACAUUGAUGCUGGUAAUGAGUUUGAAGGCGAUCAUACGAUGAUCGUGGGUGGAUAUCAGAGCGUUCCCCGGGGCCUCCUGCAUUGUCCUACGCCUCUGGACGUUCGUACUAGGUCGCCCGUUGACAAGAUUGUCUACAGCCUUGAGGAGAAUGGUCGUGCGAAUGUUCACUGCGAAGAUGGAGAAACCGUGGAGGCUGACUACGUUAUCUCGACCAUACCUCUGGGUGUCCUAAAGCAGGGCAACGUCACCUUUGAACCGCCUUUGCCAGAAUGGAAGAGCGAAGCCAUCAAUCGCAUUGGGUACGGCGUGUUAAACAAAGUGGUCCUGGUUUACGAAGAACCAUUCUGGGAUACCCAGAGACACAUCUUUGGCGUUUUGCGAGAUGCAACGAACCGUCACAGCGUCAAUCAGCGCGACUACAACUCACAGCGUGGACGCAUGUUCCAGUGGUUCAAUGUAACCCAGACAACGGGCCUCCCCUGUCUUGUUGCGUUGAUGGCGGGCGAGGCUGGCUUUGACACCCAAUACAAUAGCAAUGACAACCUCAUUGCUGAGGCGACGGGAGUUCUGCGGAGCAUCUUUGGUGCCAAGGUGCCUCACCCCGUCGAAGCCAUUGUCACAAGAUGGUCAGCGGAUAGGUUUGCCCGAGGAAGCUACUCCUCAGCAGGUCCGGAUAUGCAACCGGGAGAUUACGACGCCAUGGCUCGUCCCAUGGGCAAUUUAUUCUUCGCUGGAGAGCACACGAUAGGAACACAUCCAGCCACCGUUCAUGGAGCCUACCUAUCCGGUCUGCGAGCCGCGUCCGAGGCCCUGGAGUCGAUGCUUGGGCCAAUUGACGUGCCAACGCCCUUAGUUCUUUCCAAGGAAAGCAUCUCAAAUAAACGAAAGGAGAUGGACAGGCCCAAGGACCCCGAAGAAGCCCACAGAGAAGCCUACGAGCUCGCCACCUGGGAGUACAUCAGGUCUCAGAUUGGCGAACGGCCCGAGCAACCCCGCAAAGCAGCGGCGAACGCUUAUGUGCUCUUUAGCAAGGCCAUAUUCGAAAUUGCGCGGCAAAAGUGCGAUGCCGAGCGAUCCCACAAGAAGAAGGCUGCUCCGAAUGAAGUGCGGACCAUGACUUCCAAGAUGUGGAAGGCUACUCCCCUUGAGGAGAGAAAGCCAUUUGAGGAUAAAGCCACUGAAAUGAAGGCGGAAUAUGCAGACGCUGUCAAAGUAUACGAGGAGAAGUCGGCGCAGUGGGAAAAGGAUUACGUCGAGCACGAGAAGACAUAUCACGCGGAGCACCCUUUCCUACCCUUGCACCAGGCCAAUGGAGAUGAGUCCAACAGAGAGGGAAGCGCGAAUAAGUAUCGCCGAACCAAGCAUGUCAGCUAUGCCGAAAGUGACGGCAGCGAUAUGGAGUUCUGA